CAUCUGCAUGCAAUCGCCCUGUCAUAUCGUUAAGAACCACAACUUUGGAUACACCCAGGUUCUGCAACGCCUGCGCAGAGCUGGCACCGGGAGCCCCGGCAGCAAUAAAAAGGAGGGGGAGCCGGCACCUGGACAGAGACCUGCGAGGAGCACAUCCCGGGCAUCAGCCAGCACCUCCCAGCCGCAGAGACCAUGCAGGUGGCUGCCGUCCUCCUGCUGCUCGCCCUGGCGCUGGCGACUCCCAGCUCCUCUGCUGAGCAGACGUGUGUCCUGACAGGACUUUGGUUCAAUGACCUGGGCUCCAAUAUGACCAUCAAGCCUGUGAACGAAGCAGGCGAGUUCUCCGGCACGUACCACAUGGCAGUGAAAGCCACCAGCAACGAAAUCAAGAUUUCUCCACUACAGGGAUCCCAGCACCGUGAGAACAACAGCAACCAGCCCACCUUCGGAUUCACCGUCAACUGGAGUUUCUCAGACGCCACCAGCGUCUUCGUGGGCCAGUGCUUCGUGGACAAGCACGGGGAGGAAAUUUUGAAGACCGUGUGGCUCCUGCGAGAGCAGGUCGGCAGCCUCGGCGACGACUGGAAAGCCACCAGAGUCGGCGUCAACGUCUUCACCCGCCAACCGGUGCGCAGGGAGUGAGGAGCCGCGGGCGGCGCUGCCCCCCCGCCGCCGCCGAAGCCCCCCUACGCCGCCGGAGCCCCCCCCCGC